AUGUUGGCAAAGCGAUUGGUCAAGAUGGAACAGUUUCCGCCGCCAUGGAAGUUCGAAGGAAAGAAGUUGUUUGUACUGGCUUGGUUCGACAAGUGGCACAAUUUCUUCAACUCGCCGGCGUAUCGUAUACGGGCUUCGCAGAAAGAUGAGGAUCAGUAUACGGUAUCCGGGUAUGCAUCACAGGUGUAUCUGAAGCAGUUUACAUCAGUGACAGGAUUGUGUUGGAUAUACAGCGCGGAUUACCUCAACUACGGCGUUGGAAGUGGAACGGUUUCUCAAUACGGUAUUCGUAAUCCAUCGUUAUAUGUGUAUAAUCAUGAUGCUAUUGUGUUGGCGUCACGCUUGCAGGAAGUUUAUGAUUGCAUGAGAACUUUUAUCACGACUUUUUAUGGUGGUUUGAACGGUGAAUUAUUACUAGAUGACCUAGACAAAAAUGAUUUGCCGUCAGCCGCUGUAGUUUCAACCACCAUGUUGACGGCGAAUCCCGGGCUUAAACACCCGUAUGCACCAAUGGGAGAAGACUCGCGAUAUGGAGGGAACUUCUAUUAUACAGGAGGAAAAUCUGUAUCAGGAGGAAACUCUGACACUCGCGGAGGGAAAUCUGGUGCACCGGUGACAGGUGCGGCUCGAUAUUAG